GGAGUCAUUGAUAGAAAUCCACCCGAGAGGUGUCCCCGCCCUCUGUAUUCCCAGGACUGUCCAGAGGGAAAUGUCCCAGAGAAGCAUCAGAAAAUCCCAGUAAGAAUUCUGAGGGAAACUUCAUGUUAUCCCUGAAUGAUAAAGGAGAAGAUGAAGAUAUGAUGGAGCGCUCCUCAGGAGAAGACCUCCUUACCCCUAAUGUCCAUCCAGAUCUAUCCUAUAAUAAUCCACCUGAUCAGGAAGGGGAGGAAAGGUUUCAAUGUGAUGAAUGUGGAAAACAGUUUACAAAAAGAUCAGAUCUUGUUACACCCAGAAGUCACACAGGAGAGAAUCAAUAUUCUUGUUCAGAAUGUGGGAAAUGCUUUACAUUUAAAUCUAAUCUUUUACAUGAGAGAAGUCACAAACAGUUGAAUCCAUAUUCAUGUUCAGUAUGUGGGAAAUAUUUUACAUUUAAAUCACAACUUGUUGCACAUGAGAGAAAUCACACAGGAGAGAAGCCAUAUUUAUGUUCAAAAUGUGGGAAAUGUUUUAAAACUAAAGCAGAGCGUGUUCAACAUGAAAGAAGACAUACAGGGGAGAAGCCAUAUUCAUGUUCAGAAUGUGGGAAAUGUUUUACACGUAAAUCAGAUUUUGUUUUACAUGAGAAAAGUCACAAAGGAUUGAAUCCAUAUUCAUGUUCAAAAUGUGGAAAAUGUUUUACAGGGAAAUCGCAACUUGUUAUACAUGAGAGAAGUCACACAGGAGAGAAGCCGUAUUCAUGUUCAGAAUGCGGUAAAUGUUUUACAAAUAAGUCAAAUCUUGUUGUACACGAGAGGAAUCACACAGGAGAGAAGCCAUAUUCAUGUUCAGAAUGUGGGAAAUGUUUUAAAACUAAAGCGGAUCAUGUUAAACAUGAGAGAAGACAUACAGGGGAAAGGCCAUAUUCAUGUUCAUACUGUGGGAAAUGUUUUAUACAGAAAUCACAUCUUUUAACACACGAGAGAAUUCACACAGGAGAGAAGCCGUAUUCAUGUUCAGAAUGUGGGAAAUCUUUUGUAGAAAAAUCACGUCUUGUUAAACAUGAAAGAAUUCACACAAGAGAGUUAGAAAACAAAAAAAUAUAAUACAUAAAAUGGAAAUAUGAGAACUCAGGUAUUGUAAUAAAAUGU